AUGCUUGUUAGAGUACACUCUCUUUCUCUCCUCGCAGCAUUUUUGGCCUGUGGCGACCUAGCAGCGGCUAUCCCCCUCGAGUCAACGCCUGCUCUCAACACCCGAGACCUGCCCCGCCCGCGCUUCGGAAAUGUCCCAUACGGCGUUGAUAUCACUCGUUGCACAGUCAAUGGCAAACUCGCCCUCAGCUUCGACGAUGGUCCCGGAGAAUACACAAGCCAGGUUCUUGACACGUUGGAGAAGAACGGCAACAUUAAGGCAACAUUCUUCCUCGUUGGCACGAACGGGAACAACGGCAUCGCCAGUGGAACUUACACCUCCGUCCUGAAGCGGAUGUUGAGCGCUGGCCACCAGCUCGGUAGUCACUCAUGGAGUCACAAGGACUUCAACACAAUUUCUAAGGACCAACAAAUCCAAGAGGUUCUCCAGAACGAGGAAGUCUUUGCCAAGACCCUCGGCCUCAUUCCCACCUACUUCCGCCCUCCUUAUACUCAUUGCGAUGGCCAGUGUAUAUCUACACUCAACGACUUCGCGUACCACGUUACCGAUUACAACCUUGACACCAAGGACUGGGUAGACAAUGGUGUCAACUCGAAGGCUACCUUCUCAGGUGCCAUCAAUGGCGCCAGCCCCGCUAGUUCCUCCUUCAUCAGCUUGGCCCACGAUAUCCACACAUUCACCGUCAACGGCUUCGUCCAGUUCAUGAUUGACACGGCGAGGGAGAAGGGCUUCGAGUUCACGACUAUUGGUGACUGCCUCGGCGACCCGGCCUCGAACUGGUACCGCGACCCUAAGACUGGCGAGCCGUGGAGCGGAGUCAAGGAAGAGCCCAAGCCCACUACGACCAGCAAGGAGAUAAUCAUUCCCACCACGACGUCGACUCCUAUCUCUAGCACGACGUCCCCUCCGGAGACCAAGACGCUCACGACAAAGUCUGAGUCGGAGACCGCCAAGCACUCCAUCACCGUCAAGAGCGCUUCCGAGACUGAGGAACCAGAGAUUGAGACUGCUACGCCUACUGCCACUGGCACCGGCGUCAAGCCUUCUACUGCGUCUAGAACCGUUGACGGUGGUGCCCACAUUGGCAUUCCGGUGACUCCUACCGGCACGACCGCUGCUGUGAGACCUACCAGCACCAAUACUGUCGUUGAGGUCAACGCCGCUGGCCGUGCUGUCUUCUCUGCCGGUGGUGCCAUCGCCGGUGCGAUUGCUUGGGCCUUGAUGGUUUGA